CUGACAAAUGAUAGCCUUCUGUCAAAAUUGUGUUUUUAUGUAAUUCAAAACAACAUACAUUUCCAUUCAAAAUUAUCAAUAAAAAGUAUCUCUGGCACCAUACACUAAAUCUUAAAUAAUGGGAACUGUUCACGCUAAGUCUAGGCCAAGUGAAGCCUUUGGCGAAGUGGGAACAGAGCUUCUAGGUCUGGAAGAUCCAAUUGAUUUUGAAGAUGAGGCUGUCUCUAAACCUAGUAUACAACUAAAUGGAGUUAGGGCUCGUGUAGAUAGAGUGCAUGUUGACGGUCUCAGUAGAACCAAAGAUGAUAUAGUGCGGAGUGCAGUUGAUGAUCUGUUCCAUGCCACCGAUUUUGAAGAUGUCAUAUUACGAGCACAUAAAGUACGUAAAGCUCUGGACGCCACGGGCUGCUUCCGUGAGAUUGGAGUCUACAUUGACGUCUCAUCAGGUCCAGGCGCCACUCCUGAAGGACUUGAGGUGACUUUCAAUGUAAAAGAAUUGUCGCGUAUUGUAGGCGGUAUUAAUACGACGGUCAGCGAGAAUGAAGGAAACUUGGUUAUUGGUGUAAAGAUGCCUAACGUGGCGGGUAGGGGGGAACGCGUGCAGGCGGAGUACAGCCUGGGACAUCGCAGUACAUCCAACUUCAGUGUUACCACAGCGAAACCCUUCCCGCGCAGUCAGCUUACACCUGUUGUGUCAGCGUCGGUGUACCAGCAGAACCACGAGUACCCGUGGUCCGGCUACCGGCUGCUGGACCGCGGUCUGCUGCUCGACCUCGCAUUCAACACCUCGCCCUCGACCAAACAUAGCAUCCAGUGGGAAGGCAUGGUGCGGGAGACGUCAGUUCUCAGCAAAACUACCAGUUUUAAAGUACGCGAGAGUAGUGGUAAGGAUUACUUUUUUUUUGUUGCCAUGUUGCCAUAUUUAACUCUUUCUGCCCCGCACAGCCGCGUUGUGGAACGGUCUGUCCUCGGCGGUAUUUCC